AUGUCGAAGCCCUGGGGUGGCGUCGGCGCGUGGGCGCUGGACGCCGAGCGCGCCGAGGAGGAGGAGCGCGAGCAGGCCCUGUCCUUCCCGGCGCCCGAGCCGCCCGCGGCCGCGGGCGGCGCCGCCAGCUUCCCGAGCCUCCGCGAGGCGGCCGCCGCGGCCGCCGGGGGCAAGUCGAAGAAGAACAAGAAGGGCACCACGCUGUCGCUGUCCGAGUUCACCACCUACGGCGCGGCCGCGGCCCAGCGGCGCGCGGCGCCCGUCGAGCCCAAGGGCCUGACCCACCAGGAGAUGAUGAUGCUGCCCACGGGGCCCCGGGAGCGCUCGGCCGAGGAGCUGGACCGCUCCCGCGGGUUCCGCUCCUACGGCGGCGGCGGCUUCGGCGGCCCCGGGGGAGGCGCCGGAGGGGAGCGCCGCGGCGGCUUCGACGACGAGGACCGCCGCGGGCCGGGCAGAAGCUCGGAUCUUGACAUGCCCUCCCGCGCCGACGAGGCUGACGACUGGGGCGCCACUAAGAAGUUCACCCCGGCUCCCGCCGACUCUGGCCGCCGUGAUAGGUUCGGCGGGCCUUCCCCUCUCGGCCGUGCUGAUGACAUUGACGACUGGUCGCGCGACAAGAAGCCGCUCCCGUCGCGCUACCCCAGCCUCGGUUCUGGAGGUGGCUUCCGCGACUCGCCGGGCUUCCGCGACUCAUCAGCUGCUUCUGAUUCUGACCGUUGGGUCCGUGGAGCCACCCCGAUGCCACACAACGGCCAGGGGGCGGGGGAGAGGCCGCGCAUCGUCCUCAAUCCUCCUAAACGUGACCCGACAGCAGCUGCCUCCACCCCACCUGCUGAGGUGGCCCGCAACCGCCCAAGCCCGUUUGGGGCUGCAAGGCCCCGGGAGGAUGUGCUGGCCGAGAAGGGGGUGGACUGGAGGAAGUUUGAGAAUGAGAUUGAGCAGAAGACCAGCCGGCCUAACAGCUCGCACUCCAGCAGGCCGAAUAGCGCUCAUUCCUCCCACCCGGGGAGCCCUGGGUCGCAGGUUUCUGCCGUUGGGAGUGAAGGAGCUCCGAGGGCACGGCCAAAGGUUAACCCAUUUGGUGAUGCCAAGCCAAGAGAAUUGGUGUUGCAGGAAAAAGGGAAAGAUUGGAGGAAGAUUGAUCUUGAGCUCGAGCAUCGUGCUAUAAAUAGGCCAGAGUCUGAUGAAGAAAGAAAUUUGAAAGAAGAAAUCAACCUUCUGAAGGUGGAUCUUAAAGAAAUUGAGGGAAAGAUGAGUAAUGGUUCUGACCAGACAUCGGUAGAUGCAAAAGAUUUGUCUGAGAAGAUAUCCCAGUUGGAAAGCCAGCUUGAGCAGCUUUCAAGGGAGUUGGAUGACAAGAUUCGAUUUGGGCAAAGGCCACGUUCUGGUGCAGGCAGGGUUACAACACUUGCACCAACUAGUUUAGGGGAGGAACCACAGGCUACAGUGGUGGACAGACCGCGUUCUCGUGGUGGUAUGGAACCACCCCCAAGGCAGGAAGAAAGAUGGGGAUUUCAAGGAAGCAGAGAAAGGGGCUCUUUUGUUGGAAGCAGAAAUUCAGACAGGCCAAUGGCAAGACAGAGAUGGUGA